AUGCAGUUCACCGCUUUUCUCGCUGCGUCCCUACUCGUCGUUGCUGCCUCCGCGCAGAACGUUGAGAACCCCGAACCUGCUGCGGCUAUCCUCGACAACCCCGUUGGUGUGAGCUACUCCGCGACCUUCGAUGGUGCCAAGGGUGUCACUGGUGCUCUCACCUUCGUUGCCGGUGCCGACGGCAAGGGAUGUGACAUCACCGUCAAGCUUUCUGGAUUCGAGGGUGAAGAAGGCCCGUUCGGAUACCACAUUCACGACCAGCCCGUCCCUGCCGACGGUAACUGCACUGGUACCAAGGCUCACCUCGACCCGUACGGUCGUGGCCAGGUCACCCCUUGCGACGCUACCAAGCCCGAGACCUGCGAGGUUGGUGAUCUUGCUGGCAAGCAUGGCAAGAUUCCGGCUGCUGAGUAUGGUGCCGUAGAUUACAGCACUUCGUACAACGACCUCUAUGCUUCCACCAAGGAGGGUCUCGGUGCUUUCUUGGGAAACCGUUCUAUCGUCAUUCACAGGAAUGACGCGAACAAGACCCGUCUUGCUUGUGUGAACAUCGUCGCGGAUGAAGUCACCGGCUACCCGUCUUCGACUGUCACCGCUGGACCCGGCACUACUGGAUCCCCCUCCAACAAUGCGACCAACACGACCGUG